CCUCUUCCACCUUUCGUCCAUCAAUUCUAUCUCCAUCUCAUCUGCAAUUUGUCUUAGAAUGGAAGCUUCGUCUUCUCCUGUCCCCUUGGGUUUGGAGGGCCUCCGUGUCCUGGUCACUGGUGCCGCGGGGGAAAUUGGACGGCAGGCAGUGCGGGAAUUUCUUGAUCAAGGAUGCAAAGUCACAGCACUUGACACCAAGCCUUUGGACUUCCACGCUCUCUCGAAAAAGGGCGAUCAACUCUGCAUUCUGAAAGGUGACUCCUCAGACGAAGAGUCCAUCGCAUCCAGCAUUGCCCAAGCUGCCAAACAAGGACCCAUCAACAUUCUCGUCACAAAUUCUGGUAGCACCGACGCAAGCAGAAACCAUCCCAUCUGGGAUCUGCCCGUUGAAGACUGGGACAACUCCCGUCGCCUAUUCCUCAGCAUAAAGCACUUCUUGCGAUCUGCGAAAACAGCUCAAGAAGCGCUGGGUAAGGAGCUAGAGAACCUAGCGAUCGUAGUGGUGGGCGAGACAGGUGAGCUCGGAAAUGGUCAGGCAGGGCUGCAGCAUGGACUAGUGCGCCGUGUCCAGGACGACAUUGUGAAGCUGAACAGUAAGGCGAGGAUCAAUUCCGUUGAGCCGGGGUUGGUUGAUACGCGGACACUUGAGGACGCCGCUUCUACGACGUCGAUGCGCAAUGAAACACCGAAGGACGUGGCCACGACAAUCGUUUUCCUAGCUUCCCACCGUGCUGCGGGCCAUAUAUCCGGUCAAUGUGUCAAAGCUGAUCGAAGUACGACGGGCCAAUUUAUCCGGAAAGAAAGCGAAAUCAUCGGGAAAGAAUACAACAAUCCUCAACCGCAACCAAGUGUUGAUACUGCCCCAACUAUCCCACGAUCUCUCACCAAGCCCAAGAACAAAAUCCGCGUCACUAUCUCAAUCGACCUCGACGCCGUCUCCGGCUGGCUCGGAACAGGCCAACACCCCGACAACAUCCUCGCCGACUACUCAACCGGCUUCUUCGCCGCACGAGUCGGCGUCCCACGUCUCCUCCGCAUGCUCCAGAAACUCAACCUCGCAGACCGCUGCACCUGGUUCAUCCCAGGCCACUCGGCAGAGAGCUUCCCGGACGAAGUCAAGCAAGUCGUCGAUUCGGGCUGCGAGAUCGGGCUCCACGGCUACGCGCACGAAGGCGCAUACCAGCUCACCCCGGAACAGGAGCGCGACGUGCUAGUCCGAUGCAUCGAGGUCGCGCAGGGCCUCACGGGCAAGAAACCUGUAGGGUACCGAGCGCCAUUGUACCAGCUUCGCGAGUCAACGCUGGACCUCCUCGAGGAGUUCGGGUUCGAAUACGCUCACAAACUCACACAUGAAUACAGACGCCUCCCUAGCAGACCACGACUCCCAACCCUUCUACGCCCCCUCCCGACCCCCCUCUCACCCCCAAACUUCUCCCUCCCCGCCUCCACCUGGAUGCACCCCAUCCCUGCCCCUGCCCCAUCCUCCCGAAAAGACCGCCGCCCCCUAAUCUGCGUCCCCUGCAACUGGUACAUGGAAGACAUGACGCCCCUCCAGUACCUACCCCACACCCAAAACUCCCACGGGUACACCGACGUACGCGUGAUCGAGAACAUGUGGAAGGAGCGGUUCCUGUGGCUGCGGGAGAACGAGGACGAGCCUGUGUUUCCGGUGCUGAUGCACCCGGACACGAGCGGGAUGGCGCAUGUGAUUGGCAUGGUGGAGCGGCUUUUGCGCUGGGUGGGGGAUUGGGGAGACGAAGUGGUGUUUUGUCAGACUGGGGAGGUGGCCCGGUGGUGGGGGGAUCGGGAGGAGAUGAGGAGGAUUGAGAGGGAGAUGAGGGGGUGAUUCUUUGUGUCUGUAUGUAGGAUGAAUGGAGAUGGGGAUUUUGCUGGGUCAACAAGGUGGGU